UUUAGGAUAUUACCACUGAAAUAAUUUACAUGUUAACAAUCUGUAUUUUUUUUUUUUAAUUCCACCCUAUGCAUGUGGAGUUUAAAUAUAUAUAUAUAUGCAUGUGCGCUGAGUAAAGUUUGAGGGAAGAGAAUCAUCUUAAGCUGAAGAGAGUGAUAGAGGAAGCAUGAAUUCAGAGUCAGAAGUAAAUGAAGGUGUUUCUGGGAAGAUGAAGAAGUAUUUGCAAGUAGGGAUAUGGUGGUUCUCAUUGUUCAUCUUUGUUGGGUAUCUAUUGCUUUGGAUUGUGAGACCUACCAACAUCUUCUAUCUACGAUGGUUUCCAGACAUUGAAGCAAAGGCAGAUUCUGUAUACUUGGGUGAACAAGGGACAACCAUACUGAUUUACACAUUUCCAAUCUUACUAAUUGCCACUUUGGCGGGUUUAUACCUUCAUUUGGAGCAAAAACCUUGGAAUCACAAUACAGAAAGGAAGGGGAGAUUCCUAGGAUUGGCAUCAUGGAAAAGACCAUUGCUUACAAAAGGUCCUCUUGGGAUAAUCACCAUGACAGAGCUCUCUUUCGCCAUCAUGUUUGUUUUACUCUUGAUAUGGACCUUUUGCUCCUACUUGCAUAGCAUGUUUGCAAGCGCCGCGCAAGAUGCAGCUAAGGAGAGAGACCAAGUGUGGGAAGUCAAGCUCGAAUAUUCAGCCAUUGCUUUAGGCCUUGUUGGGAAUAUUUGUUUGGCUUUAUUGUUCUUUCCAGUCUCAAGAGGGUCUUCAAUUUUGAGGCUCCUUGGCCUAACUUCAGAGGGAAGCAUCAAGUAUCAUAUAUGGCUCGGACACACUGCAAUGCUCCUCUUCACAGCCCAUGGUCUUGGUUAUAUCAUUUUUUGGUAUAAGACACACCAAAUCUUAGAGAUAUUCAAAUGGAACAAAGUUGGAGUGUCAAAUGUGGCUGGAGAAAUUUCUCUACUUGCUGGAUUAAUCAUGUGGGCUGCUACCUUACCUUCCAUAAGGCGAAAAGCUUUUGAGCUUUUCUUCUACACUCACUACCUCUACAUUGUCUUUGUAAUCUUCUAUGUGCUACAUUUGGGAUUUUCCUCCUCUUGCGUGGUGCUUCCAGGAUUUUACCUAUUCAUGAUCGACCGCUACUUGAGAUUCCUACAGUCUCAGCAAAAAAUUCGGUUGGUUUCUGCCAGAGUUUUGCCUUGUGAAGCUGUUGAAUUAAAUUUCUCCAAGAACCUAGGACUGAGCUAUGCUCCCACAAGCACCAUUUUCAUUAAUGUUCCUAGUAUUUCCAAGUUGCAGUGGCACCCUUUUACAGUCACCUCCUGCAGUGAUACUGAUCCUGACACCUUAAGCGUUGUCAUUAAAAGUUCAGGAACCUGGUCCAAAUCUUUGUACCAGAAGCUAUCAUCUUCAUCUCCAUUAUCCCACCUUGAUGUCUCCAUUGAAGGACCCUAUGGAACGGGUUCAGCCUUUUAUUCAAGGCAUGAAUUGCUUGUGUUGAUAAGUGGAGGAAGUGGCAUUACUCCUUUCAUUUCCAUAAUCCGUUCACUGGUCUUUAAGGCCAACACUGAAGGUGGCAAAACUCCAAGAGUUCUUCUUCUGUGUGCCUUCAGGAAGUGUAUUGAUCUCUCCAUGAUAGACCUCAUCCUCCCAGUUUCCGCCACCACCACCACCUUCGAUAUCUCACGCUUGCAGCUCCAUAUUGAAGCCUAUGUAACCAGAGAGAAACAGCCAGACAUGAAUGACAAAAGGCUUACUCAAACAUCAUGGUUCAAGGCAAAUCUAUUAGAUGAACCAGUUUCUCAAGUUUUAGGAAAAAACAGUUGGCUCUACCUUAGCAUUAUCAUCUCAUCCUCCUUUAUAUUAUUCCUUCUACUUAUUGGCAUCCUAACUAGAUACUACAUAUAUCCAAUUGACCAUAAUACGGACCUGAUAUACCCUAAUUUUUCAAGGUCAAGUUUAAGCAUGUUAUUCAUAUGCAUAUCUAUUGCCAUUGUAGCAACAUCUGCUUUCCUAUGGAACAAGAAACAGAACAAGGAUUUGGGGCAGAUUAAAAACAUCUACACAUCAGAUCAAUCAACUUCUCCGGGUUCAGGAUACUACAAUGCUGACAAAGAAUUAGGCAGCCUUCCCCUCCAAUCCCUUGUCCAAACAGCUAACGUACACUAUGGAGAAACACCAGACAUAAAAAAAAUACUAUCCGGCUGUGAUGGAUCAAGCAUUGGAGUUCUUGUUAGUGGCCCAAGAAAAAUGAGACAUGAAGUAGCAUCAAUUUGCACUUCUUGUUCCACAGAUGACCUACACUUUGAGUCAGUUAGCUUCAGCUGGUGAGAUACAUAAAUGCUGCGUGUAUUAAUUUGGUUAUUCCUCUUCAUCUAGGGGAGUCUUAGGAUCUUUCGAUCAUACAAUCAUGUAAUACAGUGUAUAAAAGUGAUUAUUUUGUUUGUAGAUCUUAUGUAAAACGGAUAAUUUUGUUUUGCAUACUGUGGUUAGUUUGGUGAAAUUGUAACACGCUGGCCUAGGAUGAACUCUGUAUCUUUCUUCUC